CCUUUCUUGUACGUUCGAAUUGCGUUGCGUUUGGGUCACUUUUAUCGAUGUUAAGUUUAAUGUAUUUCGAUAAAAUGGUAAACGAAAGAAAGAAAACCGCGAUCAAAAUAUCCACAUUAUAACAUCGUGUGCGUUUAUGGAAGUCCUCUAGACGAACUCUUCAUGGCCGCGUUGAAGACAACCUAAAUCCCGAUUCUUGCGUGUUGCAAAAGCAGAUGCGUUGGAGUGGUCAGUGAGUGAUUCUUCAAAUUGAACAAAUUGCAGCAUUAAGCAACUAUUGAAACGGCAACAAAGUUCAAUCGCCCAAUUCACACUGGAUCAUUGCAGAUACGGUAUCCCGGCGUGGUCAGCUACUGUGGUUAGCUAGUCCCUACCAUCGUAUGAAACGGCGUUCUACUCCGUGGAAUUCAAGACUAACGUUAGCUUUAACUUUGGUGUUUUGACAGAAGGGGAAUAAAUCAUUGUCAAGUGACCCAGAGUGAAGUGGAUGAUGCCUAAAGAGAACCAAGUAUUCCCCUGCCGCAGAAAUGCCUUAGGGCUGUUUUUGGACUAAAGCCAAGCAGUUGCUGAUAUGCAUUGAAGAUGAGUGGUGUGGGUGAAAAUACCUCAGACCCCGCCAGGGCGGAGUCUCGGAAGCGCAAAGAAUGUCCAUCCGAUCUCCUGGGACCCAGCCCUAAACGAAGCACUGAAAAACGAAACCGUGAGCAUGAAAAUAAAUACAUAGAAGAACUUGCUGAGUUGAUCUUUGCAAACUUCAACGACAUUGACAACUUCAAUGUCAAGCCUGACAAAUGUGCAAUCUUAAAAGAAACUGUGAAACAGAUUCGUCAAAUAAAAGAGCAAGAAAAAGCUGCUGCAGCCAAUGAAGAGGAGGUGCAGAAGGCUGACGUCUCGUCGACAGGCCAAAGUGUUAUUGACAAAGAUGCCCUUGGACCAAUGAUGCUCGAGGCCUUGGACGGGUUCUUCUUCGUGGUGAACAUGGAGGGGAACAUUGUGUUCGUGUCAGAGAACGUGACCCAGUACCUGCGCUACAACCAGGAGGAGCUGAUGAACACCAGCGUGUACAGCAUCCUGCACGUGGGCGACCACGCCGAGUUCAUCAAGAACCUGCUGCCCAAAUCGCUGGUGAACGAGGUGCCCUGGUCCAGCGAGAACACACGCAGGAACAGCCACACCUUCAACUGCCGCAUGCUGGUGAACCCCCACAGCGAGCUGGACGAGGAGGCCCACGACCACGAGGCCCAGCAGAAGUACGAGACCAUGCAGUGCUUCGCCGUGUCAGAACCAAAGUCCAUCAAGGAGGAAGGCGAAGAUUUCCAGUCCUGUUUGAUCUGCGUUGCACGGAGGGUCCCAAUGAAAGAGAGGCCCAUGCUCCCGGCCCACGAGAGCUUCACGACCAGGCAGGACCUGCAAGGUAAGAUCACGUCACUGGACACCAGCCUGCUGCGAGCCUCCAUGAAGCCCGGCUGGGAGGACCUGGUCAGGAGAUGCAUUCAGAGGUUUCACCUGCAGAACGACGGGGAAAUGUCCUUCGCCAAGCGGCAUCAGCAGGAAGUUCUGAGGCAGGGACAAGCGUUCAGCCCCAUCUACCGCUUCUCGCUGUCGGACGGCACCAUCGUCUCGGCGCACACCAAGAGCAAGCUGGUGCGCUCCCCGGACACCAACGAACCUCAGCUCUACAUGUCCCUGCACAUCCUCCAGAGGGAGCCGGUGGUAGGCGGGAUGAACCAGGAUAUGGCCGGACAGGGGAUGGGGAAGCCGCUGACCGCCGUCCCGUCGAUGACUCCUCCCACCCAGGGCGGCAUGUCCGCAGGCGUGCAGGGACAGGACGGGAACUUCCCCGCCGUAACGGGCCCCAAGGAGGGGCCGACGGGGGCGGGCCAGGCCCAGAGCUACCGGUUCGGGUGCCAGGGGACGAUGAGCCACGGCCCCGGCAUGCAGGUGGCCACUCCUCAGGGUAGUAACUAUGCACUCAAGAUGAACAGCCCCUCACAGAGCAGCCCCGGCCUGGCCCCCGGGCAGCCCAACUCCAUGCUCUCGCCGCGGCACCGCGUCAGCCCGGGCGUGGCCGGCAGCCCACGCGUGCCCCCCGCCCAGUUCUCCCCGGCAGGAAGCCUGCACUCCCCCGCGGGGAUGUGCGGCAGCACAGGAAACAGCCAUAGCUACACCAGCAGCUCCCUCAACGCACUUCAGGCCCUGAGCGAGUGCCACGGCGUCACCCUGGGCCAGUCUCUGGGCUCGCCCGACAGGAAGAUGGGCUCCCCGGGCAACGCGGUCAACCCCCACCCGCUGGCCAAGAUGAACAACUCCGACUUCAAGGACCCGCUGGGCUCGUUCGGGGACCAGGUCCCGCCCGACCCGCCCCAGGAGGAGGCCGGCGAAGACCAGAAGGAGGAGAAGGAGAACAGCCUGGGCCAGUUUGGCGGUGGCGGUGGGGGCACCGGUGUUGGCAGUACGGAGGGCAGCGACGCCCAGAGCCGCCUCCACGACAGCAAGGGUCACACCAAGCUCCUGCAGCUGCUGACCACCAAGUCAGAGCAGAUGGAGCCGUCCUCGCCUGUCACCGCCCCUGGCGGGGACGCCGGCUGCAAGGACCCGGCGCUGUCCGGGACUGGGGGCGGCCCCUCGCAGGGGGCAGUCGGGAGCCACGCCACGUCGCUUAAGGAGAAGCAUAAGAUCUUGCACAGGCUCCUGCAGAACAGCACCUCCCCGGUGGACUUGGCCAAGCUGACCGCGGAAGCCACGGGGAAGGACCUGUGCCAGGAGGCGGCGGGCAGCAUGACCGCCGUGGCGGACCUGGCCACCAAGCAGGAGCCCACCAGCCCCAAGAAGAAGGACAACGCGCUCCUCCGCUACCUGCUGGACAAGGAUGACACCGGCUCUGACAAAGGCAUUAAGAUGGAGCCGGCGGACGGCAAGAUGGACGGCUCAAAGCUGACCAACAUGAAGAGUGAGAAGCUGGACAGCGGCUAUGACAGAUCAGAGCAGUCCAGCGAGCUGGACGACAUCCUGGACGACCUGCAGAACAGCCAGCCGCAGCUCUUCUCUCAGUCCCGGCCCAUGUCCCUCCCCGCCGCCGUGGACAAGCAGUCCAUCAUCAACGACAUCCUGCAGAUGACGGGCGAGGGCGCGGCGGCCGCCGGCAGCAGCAUGCCGCCGCAGAAGGCCUUCCCCGGCAUGGCCCCCGGAAACUUCAGCGGUCCCAGGCCGGGCCAGCCGGGCAGAGGGCCGCCGGUCCGCAGCGUGUCCCUGGACAUGAACAUGUCGUCCCAGGCCUCCGCCGGACCCUUCCCUCCCAUGAGGAACAACAGCCCCUACUCCGUCAUGCAGCAGCAGGGCAUGAUGGGAAAUCACGCCAUGAUGGCCAACCAGUCUGGCCUCGUCAACGCAGGCAUGCUGGGAAGUAACCCCCCGCGCGCCGGCCUGCAGCCGGACGCCUGGGGCUCCCACGGGCCCGCCGCGAGCAGCGCCGGCCCGGCCGCCGUCAACCAGCCGCUGCAGCAGGGAGCGGGGCCCGGACGCAUGGCGCCCAGCGCGGGCGCCGGAGUUCCCAUGAGGCCCGGCGGCCAGCCGGGACCCAGGCAGAUGCUGCCGGCGCAGAUGAUGGCGAGCGCGCAAUCGGACCUGGACCUGGGCAUGUCGGGGCCCCAGUUCUCCCAGCAGCAGGCCCCGCCCAAUCAGACGGCCCCGUGGCCCGACAGCAUGCUGCCCAUCGAGCAGGGGCCCUUCGGCAACCAGAGCAGACCGGUGUACACCAAUCCCCAGGAGGAGGCGCUGUGUCCGCCUGCCACCACGGACAGCCAGGCGGACGAGGGAGCCCUGCUCAGCCAGCUGUACACCGUGCUCAAGGACUUCGACGGCCUGGAGGAGAUUGACAGGGCCCUGGGCAUCCCUGCGCUGGUCAGCCAGGGGCAGUCCAUGGAGCAGGAGCAGUUUCCCAACCAGGACCCCGGCAUGAUGCUGGAGCAGAAGCCGCCCAUGUACGGCCAGCAGUACACCCCUCCCGCGCACAUGGCCCAGGGCAACUACGCCUCCAUGCAGGACGCCAACUUUCACGCCAUGGCCUCCCCGAUGGGCCAGCGGCCGGGCUACCCCAUGCUCCGCCUGCAGCCGCGGCCCGGGCUCAGGCCGGCGGGCGUGGUGCCCAACCAGCCCAACACGCUGAGGCUCCAGCUGCAGCACCGUCUCCAAGCACAGCAGAAUCGUCAGCCGAUGAUGAACCAGAUCGGCGGAGUGUCUAAUUUGAACCUACCUCUACGACCCAAUGUACCCACCCAGGGAACCAUCAAUGCUCAAAUGCUGGCUCAGCGGCAGCGGGAGAUCCUGAGCAACCACCUGCGCCAGCGGCAGCUGGAGCAGCAGCGGCAGCAGCAGGUGCAGCAGAGGACCCUGAUGAUGCGGGCGCAGGGCCUCAGCAUCCCGCCCAACAUGGCCGCCGCCGCCGCCGCCGCGGCCUCCGCCGGCAUGCCGGGCGCCAUGAGCAACCCGCGGAUCCCCCAGGCAAACCCCCAGCAGUUCCCCUACCCGCCCAACUACGGUACCGGACUUGCGUCCCCGCCCCCCUCCACCAGUCCCUUCUCCCCAGUGUCCCCCAGCCUCCCUGGGUCACAGCUCCUCUCCCACAGCUCCUUGCAUGGCUCCCAGAUGAGUCUGGCUAACCAGGGAAUGAUGGGAAACAUGGGAGGACAGUUUGGGGCUGUAAUGAGUCCCCAAAUGCAGCACAGUGCCUUCCAGUUUCCCAGCUCAGGUGUGUCCGGGCCCUCAGGUAUGAAUCAGCAGCCUGACGCAGGGUUUGGAGGAGCCACCACCCCCCAGAGUCCCCUGAUGUCCCCGAGAAUGGGUCACGCCCAGAGCCCCAUGAUCCAGCAGCCACAGGCCAACGCCACCUUCCAGUCCUCGUCCGACAUGAACGGCUGGGCGCAGGGGAACAUGGGAGGGAACAGCAUGUUCACACAACAGUCGCCACCUCAGUUUGCGCAGCAGCCCAACGCCAGCAUGUACAACAACAACGGCAUGGGCAUCAACGCAUCCGGCGCCAUCAACAACAUGAACCAGAUGUCAGGGCAGAUGAGCGUGACCUCAAUGACCUCUGUGCCUACGUCAGGCCUGUCCUCCAUGGGCCCUGAGCAGAAGUAUUGUUGACUGGGGUCACCGGUGGAACGUCAACUCUGUAGCAUGGCGCAGGGGGCCCGUGUCCAUCUGACACCAACCCAACCAAUGGUCUACAGCCCACAGUCAGAGACUGGCUCCCACCACCGCAGGCUUGCCCCAGGCCACCUCUCCAAACCUCCACAGCCACCUCUCCCAGGAACACCCCAGGGACUACAGCAAGACCCCCCCCCCCCUACUGCAAGAGAGCACCAGGCACUUGCUCUCCCCUUUCACACCCCUGAAAGCCAGACAGUCUGUCGAUUGCAUUCACCGUAGUGUGACUUAGGUCUCCCCCUGAAUGACAAAACUGCAAGUGGCAUCAGGACCCUCAUCAAAUGAAUGUAUUUUCCUUUCUGGGGACGAUGACCACACUCUCGAAUCUUAUCUGGAAAUAUGCCCAGUUCGCUCCUGUCCUUCUGGCUCUGUCCUGUUUUUUCCUCUGUUCCAAAUUAGGUGUGAAAACUCUAAAUACGUUUGGAUUCUGGACAGCGUUCUAAAUUCAGCCAAUUUUAUUUUUGUUUGUUGUUGUUUUUUUUUUCUUUUGUGUGAGAAUAAAAUAUUAGAAUGAAGUUGAAAUGGUUUCUAUAUGAAUCAAGAG